AUGAGUUUUGGAUGCAUUUUGAUACUUUUAUAUCUGCCUGGUGUUUUACUAAAUCCCGUCGGCUGUUCCUAUGAUGCUACUAAUGUACUUUACACGUGUAAUGCACGAUACUGGUCUCUGCCUCUGCUGUUUAGUGACUUCACAACACAACCGCAACGUAUUGUAUUGGUAGAUGUCGCAGGGGAACUACCGGCUACUGUACCAAAUGGACCAACUUUUAGUGGGUUCAGUUCAACAAAUGCUGCGCUCUUUGACGGAAGAUUUUCUCCGUCUUUGCAGAUAAUGUGUUUUGAAGAUAGCGAUUUGAUCAUGUUCAUGGACACGUUUGUCGAUUUUGAUUGGCUAGACGAUGUGAUUAUUACUGACUGUAACAUACUGUCUCUACCUGUUCAAGUGUUCUCUCAUAUUGGUGAUGUUAACUCGUUUACAAUUGAAGGAGGCUCUGUAAAUAACAUGGUGGCAAACAGCUUUCAAGGAUUAAAUGUUAAGAAAAUCACAACUGCGCCGACGCCAAAGGGAUCAUUUACAAUACGUAACAGCCAAAUUACUUCUGGGCAGCUAGCACCUGGCGCUCUUUUUAACAUUAACAAUGCCACAACCAUAAUCCUCGAAAAUAACCACAUUACAACAAUAGGAAGUGAUACAUUUCAGGGCGUGCCACAAUUAUAUAACCUUACGCUUAGUUAUAACGACAUUACAAGUAUUCCUGAAUCUAUAUUCACAAACCUGCAUGCUUUGGAACACGUGACCAUUUGGGGAGUUCACUGGGAUUGCACGUGUGAUAAACUCUGGUUUAUACCUUACGCCUCUGACAACAAUAUAACUGUAAACGGCGAUAUCGUGUGUUCUACACCAGCAGGAUAUAACAAUACAAGGGCCUCGUCCUUUUAUCAGAAUAACUGUGUAUUGCCAUGCGAUGGAAAAAUUGGUAAGAACAUUAACUGUAAAGAAUUGAUAGGGUUCUAUAAUAAAGUGAACUUUAUGUAA